AUGGCUACCAACCCAUCAGUCGAGUCACUUCACAAGAUGGUAGAGCGUUAUGCCACCAACAACAACUUCUUCUAUGGACUAUUCAUCAAGAUAAUGCCAAAGAAGUUGCUGAUGUACCCUGUUAACUUGUUGGUAUGUACACUGAUAUACUCAAAGAAGGAGGUCUUGUCCGAUCCAGAGUUGGUCUCAAUUGGAAUGUUCAACAACUGGUUCGCUCCUCCUGCUGCACUUGUACGUCUACUCUCAGAGAAGCCCAAGCCAGCUUUGAAGGCCUAA